AUGGGCAUGUAUUUGACUAAUAUUGUGGAAGCCCUGAGACUUUACCCAGCUGUUGUACUCAAUGCAAGAGUCGCGAACAAAAAUUCUACCCUCCCUAGUGGUGGUGGGAUCCAUGGAACGUCGCCUAUUCUCAUCCAAGCGGGUGAGAUAGUGGUGUUUUCCACCUGGGCUAGACAUCGCCUGGGAGAGGAAUUUGGAGCUGCGCCAGAGGAUUUUCACCCAGAGCGAUGGGAACACCUGUCAGUAGAUAUGCCCGGCUUCGUUCCGUUCAACAAAGGUCCUCGAAUAUGUCCUGGCCGUAGGUGCUCAUCUUUCUAUGUCCAAUAG